AUGGCCCCAAAAUCCGUCACCGAAGACUGGGACAUCCUCGUCUCCUACGCCGCCGGCGAUGACCUCAACAAUCUCCUCAAAGAUGCCUGGUCGGGGCCUCUCGGAGCCAAAGAGAUUGAUUACACGGACGACCACCUUGGGUAUAAAGUCACGAUGCACAAGCCGCAGCUGCAGUUUUCGACGACGGACAUCAAAGCUACCCUGAAGAUUGAACUUGAGGGGACCUUUUGGAGCAAUGACUGGGGUGAUGAUGAUGAAGGCCAGACGUACAAGUUUGAGGAUUUCGGGUAUAGUCUUUCGAUCACGGCGCCGAUUAAGGCAAUUGAUGGAAAUCAGACUCUGCAUGAUGCAAAGAGUAGCAUCGUCUUCGAAGACAAGACGGAUGCCAGUGUAUACCACAUUAUCCUGCAUAUGCAGAACGAAAACCUCGAGUGGAAGUCCAUCGAUCCUCCAGCCAGCGUGGAUAAGGCCGGCAAGACACUGGCAAAGAGGGCUAUUAGAAAGAUCGAGAAGGACAUUCGCAGCCCGCACAACACCCGCUUCCUCGAUAUCAAGCUGGGAGAAGUGAACAAUAUCCCCAACGACAAGUCGGUGAAGGCUGUCGCGGAUCUCUUCCGGCCCAAGGCCUUCCAGAUGUCUACGCGUGAAGGGGCUUUGGAUAUUUUCAUUCAGACAGUGGGUGGCUAUCAGGAGGGAAAGAAUGGUCCUGUCUUUGCUGUUACGGAUACGCCCUUCGAUACCAAGGAUUACAAUGGCGCCAUCAUCAUCUCCCACCGACUCUUCCAGGAUAAAUACCUCGUGCCCCAGAUACAAGAGCACUGCAAAACACUCGCCAAAGGCGACGAUAAAAAGGGCAAGGUGACUGCAAACAAAGUCGACUCGGGAUUCCAGCUGGAACUGGUUUUCGACAAGGUCAAAGCCAUCGCAUCGGGCGGUUAUUCAAGUGGGUUUUUCUCGGAUGAUAAUGCAAGAUCGAUCGAUCUCAAUUUUUCCAGCCAUCCCGUCAAGCUGAACAUUAUUAAUAACAAGGAUUCCAUGCCCCAGGCGUCGUGGGAAUGGGAACACUCCUUCGAGGUGUGGUGGAGGUCCACGAUUCACGGCGGUUUUGACGUGGCGGACAGAGUGGUAGACGAUUCAUCGACUAUUAAAGCUAAGAUUGGUGAUAACCGUUCGGACAUCGCUACCCUGAACGACAACAAACUCGACUUUGAAUUCCAGUUCAAGGACGAGAACCAGCCCAAGAUGACCAUCCCAGACAGCACGACCAGCAAAUACAAGGACCUCAAGGUCAAGCUGGAUAAGUUCAAGUUUGGCCUCGAUGAGCUCCAGUACUUUGCCAGUACUAAUGUGUUUGCUCCUGGACUGCAUUUCAUUGAUCUCAAGACGGUCCGGGCGCCGCAUGAUGUGUUUGUUAUGGGUAAGAUGAAGUCGAAGUAG